AUGCGGGGCUGUCGGACUUUCCAGAGUCUUGUUCCUAGGCUUGAUAGCCACAUUCAAGAGCCGGAUGAUCUUGAUAUUGAGCGCCGGAGCAAGAUCAUCCUGACGGGCAUUGACGAUGCAUCAUUGCCAGAACGUGACGACUCCAAUCACACUCCCACCCCCGUUGAUUGGUUACCGGCAAGACAUGCCGUGAGUAAUGGUCGUAUUGUUAACCCGUUUGUCGAUGAUUACAAUAUCUCCGAUGCUGAAUUCGCCUUUCAUCCCUGGUGUUUCGGAACCUAUAUGCAACUCUCGCGGCUUCGCCUUGGCUAUAUAGAGGUUGACCGCUUACCGAGCUUUUUCCAGAAUAUAGGCCGCUACCCUCGUGACUUCUAUUACUCUCCUGGAUCUGACGUGGAGGAGGCUUGGUUUGUCGAUAUGUGGUCGUGUAAUGCUGGCUCCGAAUGGCUGGCUGCAAAUCCAUAUCAUGUGCCUAAACUACGGGAGCUCCUGGACAGAGCCAUGACCACCGACGCAUCGUUCAAUUUACAGGCCGGUGUCUUUAAUUCCCAAGCUGCUCUGAGGAACACAGUGAAUGGGCCAGCCGUCACUCCCGAUAACUUCUGUCGACUUCCGCAAGAAAUAAGGAACAUGAUUCUCAGUUAUCUGAAUUCACGAGACAUCGCGACCUUGCGGUUAGUUUCUCGAACCUUUUAUCGGUUGCCGGUCUUUCUUUGGUAUCGACUACUGAAAGAAGAGAUGCCAUGGCUGUGGGAGAUCUGGAGUGAUGAAUCCCCUUAUUUCUGGGCCACGGUGACCGGGGAGGACAUCAAAAAUAACGGACAUAGGGUCCUGGAUUCUCAUACGUCACAUCCCACCAUCGUGUCACAUACCAUCGAUGUUCAGGAACAUCUGUCGCAGUGGACUCUACCAAAGCCUCCCUAUGGACGGACAAAUUGGUAUAUGCUGUACCUUGAUAUCAAGCGCAACUGGAAGGAAUUAAGAGGAUUACGGAAUCGGGAAAGAAUCUGGAAUUACCAGGAGAAGAUGCUGGUAUCUCUGAAGAUGCAUAUCCAGGAUGUUGCCAUCUGA